CCAAUGGGAGCGGGCGGUGUUGGGGUGUGCGGUGCUGAGAGCGCGGUCGGGCUGUUCUGGGUCGUGAGGGGAAACCGGUCCCGGUGCGGUUCGGGGAGUUCUCGGUGCUCGCAGGGACCGGCUCCGCCUCGGCUGAGCCCCCCCGGGUGCUCUCUGGGACUCGCUCCGGCUUCGCUAAUUCCUCAGUGCGUGCGGGGACCGACCCGAUCUCUGUGAGCUCCCGGCUGCCCUCAAGGACCGGCCCGGCUCGGCUCGCUGCGUCCCCGGUGCCUGCAGGGCCCGGCUCUCGGUGCCCGGCAUGGGGCUGCUGACCCAGCUAGUCCGCGGGCUGGUGCGCGGCGCCGACCGCUUGUCGCCGUUCACCAGCAAGCGCGGCCCCCGGAGCUACAACAAGGGCCGCGGGGCCAAGAAGCUGGGCGUGCUCACCCGCAACAAGAAGUUCCUCCUCGUCAAGGAGAUGGUGCCCGAGUUCGUCGUGCCCGACCUGACGGGUUUCAAGCUGCGGCCCUACGUGUCGUACCGCGCCCCCGAGGGCUCCGAGCCGCCCAUGACGGCCAAGCAGCUCUUCGAUGAGCUGGUGGCUCCGCGAAUCGAGAAGGACGUGAAGGACGGCAAAUUCGACCCCAAUAACCUGGAGAAGUACGGCUUCGAGCCCACACAGGACGGGAAGCUCUUCCAGCUCUUCCCCAAGAACUACGUGCGGUAGGGAGCGAGCAGUGGUACCGCCGGCCAGCACUGGACAGGCUCUGCCACUGAACAUUAAAGUAAAUCCUUCUA